GCAAAAGGGACUGCACUUGCCUGGUCAGCUGACUACCUCGAUCCGGGGACUUUCCUCAGGUCACGUGACAUAUACUGGGUAGCCAUCUUGAACUUUUUGUUCUCGUGUAGAGCGAUAACAAGCGUCUUGCAGCAAAAACAGCAUCAUGUCGGAGACUCUGACAUUCGGACCUGAGUGGCUUCGUGCACUUUCCAGUGGGAACAGUGUCACUUCACCGCCUCCCUCCCCCGGCCUGCCGAAGUACAAACUGGCAGAGCAUCGCUACGGGCGCGAGGAGAUGCUCGCGCUCUUCGAGAAGAAGUACUGCACAGACUGCCCGUCCGAGUUAGACACCUUCCAAACCAUCAUCAAUAAAGAUGUACUCCUUCCACUCGCAUUGAUCCCUCUUACAGAGGAAGAACAGCGCAAUGCCUCGAUAUCAGUGAACAGCACGGCCGUCCUUCGGCUGAUGGGCAGAGGGGGAGGAGCGUCCAGAGGGGUGCGGGGCGGGGGAACUCGCGGGCGAGGGCGAGGUCGCGGGGAGGGAGGCUUUUAUCGUGUUGGUGACGACGAUGGACCGGGGGGAUUCAUUCGUCCUAGUUAUAGCCGCAGUCAGAGCUGGGAUGAAGGAUCUGAUGUUGACAAUCUCCAUUUCAGGGGUGGGGACAGAAGAUUUGACAAGAGACCUCCUAUGGAGCUUGACAUGUUUUCCACAGUAGGUCGGUCAUUUGAGGAGGGGGGUCCGCCCUCGCCGCGGAAGUUCGAAUUCAGUAGAGGAUCAAAUAGUGACAACUGGCGGGCCAGAGAUCGCGACCGCGCUCUCGAGCGAGAGCGUGAGGACGAGGAUGAAGAGGGCGGUUGGCGAUCGGCGGGACAUCGAGGAUCGGAAAGAUGGAAACAGAUGAGCCCUGCUAAGCCUCCUGGUGAUUUCAUAGGUGGACCAAGAAGCGCCGGUUGGCGAGACUUCAACGGGCGCGGGGAGAGAGAACGGCACUUCGACUUCGAUUUCCGGUCAGGGCGCGAGCGGCACUUCAGCGGGGGCCGCCAGCGCUCGCACAGCGGGGACUGGGCAGACGACAAAGAGGACCUUCCUGAUUGGUGCAUGGAUGACAGUAUUGAAUCAGACGGUGUGGGAACGUUUGAUUCGUCCGGGGCUUUUGUUUCCCUUAAGAAGGGAGAGAAGGAGCCAGAACCAAUAGAAGAAGAGGCUGAAGAGGAAGCUGCUGCCAAACAGGAUGAGGAAAACCAAGAGUCUGUAGAUCACUCAAAAGAGCCACCACAAGAGGAAGAUGAGGAAGUGGAAGACAGUGGUAGAAAACCUACGGAAACAUCCAGACCAGAAGAUCCGAAGCCCCAGAAAGCGUCCUCAGUGCCCAGCAGGCAGCCACCUCCAGAGAGCAAGCCAAUUCCAGAACCCAUCCCCAUGCCCUCCAAGGAGCCCUCUCCCCCUCCUCGCGAGGUCCCCAUGUCCGCCCCUCCUGUUGUAAAUAGCCAAUCCCCCCGUCCCCCCUCCCAACCCUCCCCCAGACCCCCUUCUCAGCCACCCCCCAGGACUCAGGAAAGUGCAAUGACUUCUAAUCCCCCUUCAUCUCAGGCAGCUAACUCACAGGUGAUGGUGAGUGUGACGGAGAAUCCUGUCAGUUCGGUGGCAGGAACCACAGUCCCUACAAGCAAUACUGCACCAGUAGUAGACGACGAGGCUUUAGACAUUCAGAUAGAAAAGGCUGCAGAGAGCCUUGUAGCAACAAUGACAGCAGAAGAUGAUGAAAAGUUAGAAGAUACUUCUAGUCAACCAAAGGGCCUACCCAUGACACAGGAGACUGCGAAUAAAUGGUUUUACAAGGAUCCACAAGGAGAGAUACAGGGUCCCUUUAGCUCCCAGGAGAUGGCGGAGUGGUUCACCGCAGGCUACUUCACCAUGACCCUCCUGGUGCGACGCGCGUGCGACGAGCGGUUCCAGCCGCUGGGAGAACUCAUCAAGAGAUGGGGAAGAGUGCCUUUCAUGCCCGGACCUACCCCGCCACCCUUGUUGGUAGGGAGAAACAACAAUCCUGCAGCGAGCGCAGCCUCCUCCACAGCGCCGACCUCGUCCAAUGCCUCUCCCGCUGCGACGGUGGCGUCCAGUUCUCCCGCCAUCGAUGCGUCUGUCCUGGAGCAGCACAUGAUGAAACAGCAGUACCUGCAGCAGCAGCUCAUGCAGCAGCAGAUGCUGUACAUGCAGCAGACAGGAUUUAUCAGGGCCCAGUCCCAGCAGCUCCAGCAGCAGCUGAAGCAGCCGGAGACCAUGGGGAACAUCGGACUCCAGCAACACGUACAGAGGCAGAUGGUCGCUCUGCAGCAACAACAGCAGCAGUUACAGACCCUGUUUAAGCAGCAGCAGACCCAGCUCCAACAGCAAUACCAACAGCUACAACAACAGAUGCUGCAGCAUCAGAGAAAACAGUCUUCCCAGGACAGAUCACCCACAGCGGAACUUCCGCCUCAGCCCAACCCCACACCUCAGCCCCAGCCCCAGCGCGGUCGUCCGUCAUCCCCAGACAAGGGGACGGCCAUCUGGGGCCAGCCCAACGCUCCGGCCGGCGGCUGGAUGGAGGGCGGGAGUGUGUGGGACCUGGAUCCACCCAAGUCCUCUGCUUCCUCCAUGGACGACAUUCAGAGAAUGGAAAGGGACAAGGAGGAGAAGGAUCGCAGAGAAGCUGAGCUUCGCCUGCAGAAAGAAAAGGAGGAUGACAGUCGACGGAGACGGGAGGAAGAAGAAAGACGGAAGACAGACGAACUCAGGAGGCAGCAGGAGCUGGAAUUACAGAGACAAGAGGCCGUUCGCAGACAGAAGGAGGAGGAAGAGAGAAGAAAAAGGGAAGAAGAGGAACGUAGGAAACGAGAGGAAAUCGAACGGCAGAGGGAGAUGGAGAGAGCACGUGAGAUCGAGCGCCAAAAAGAAAUGGAGAGACAAAAGGAAAUGCAAAGGCAGCAGGAGUUACAGAGACAGCAGGAGCUGCAGAGACAGCAGGACCUCCAGCGUCAGGAGCUGGCCCGACAGCAGGAGCUGCAGAGGCAGCGGGACCAGCAGCGACAGCAGCAGGAGGCCCUGCGCCGGCUCCAGGAACAGCAACGCCAGCAGAUGCAGAACGCCAACCUGCUGUCCCAGCAUUCCCUGUGGGCGCAGCAGACCAGCUCCGCCCCAUCCACUGUGCCAUCUCUUGCCCAGAUUCAGCAGAUGCAGGAGGAGAAGGAGAGGAAGCAGAGGGAAGAGCGACAGAAACAGAUGGCUGCCAGUCAGCAGAUCCAGCAGCAACAACAACAGCAGCAGCAGAAGAUGAACCCUGGCAGCUGGGCAGCAGGACAGGAAACAUCUUUUUUCUCCAACAGGGGACCCUCAGGUUCUGGCAAGUCCUUCCUGGAGAUCCAACAGGAGCAGGCUCGACAGCUGGCCAAACAGCAGCAGCAGCAACAACAACAGAAACCACAUUAUGAUGUUGAACAGGCCAACCUCAGUCUGGGCGCUGCAUCUGUUUGGGGCAACACCAACACGGCGGCAGCCACGGCAUGGGGCAGCGAUGGUACCAGCGUCUGGGGCGACCCCAGCUCUCAGUCCAGCAAGGGAGGAUUCUGGGAUGAGGCAGCCCACGAAAUGACCUCCAACAAACCUAGAAAAAGUUCCGUUCCCAUUCCACAACCCAUGGAUCAGGACUUGUCACAGCUAGAUUGUGAUCCCUAUGCCCAAGGUGCAAUGAUGAAUUCAAAGUCAAAUAGUAAAUCCAGACAAAUGAGGGAGGAGGAAAAUGUCCGUAAGCUCUUCCAAGCCAACUAUGCCGCUGACGACUUCACCAAAUGGUGUGAAACAGCCCUGAGAACAAUCAGUGCAGCUUCUGCCAUAGAUGGGAAUUACCAGUAUACUGACUUUCAGACAACAGUGCCUACAUUUGUAAAUUUCCUUAAAGAUGUGGAGUCUCCAUAUGAGGUCCACGACUAUAUCAAGUCCUAUUUGGGUGAGACCAGAGAGGCCAAAGAAUUUGCCAAACAGUUCCUAGAGAAGCGUGCAAAGAGAAAACAGGAAAUGCCUUGGCCUCACCAAGGUCCACCUACUUCCACUCCAUUAGUGCCAGCCCCAACCCAGCAGCCUCUUCAGCAGCGCCCAGGUGGCAUGACUGUACAGCAGAUGCACAACAUGUGGUCUUCCCAGGUGCUGGAUAAUGGUGACCCCAAGCUGAAAGGAAAGAAGAAGAAACAGCGGAUGCAACCUAUCGACCCAAGUAUUCUUGGCUUCUCCAUCAACCCGAGCACCGAUAUCAUCAACCGCGGCGAGAUCGAAACCGUGGACGACUUGUAAAUACAGGACAACGGGGAGCAGGCACCAAACCAUUCGCGGGAUAAACAAAUUUCAGCUUGAGCCAGUAGAACUGGAAUCCUAUAUUCUUAGAGCAAGUUCUUGUGAUUCUCUAUAAGAAGAAACAAAAGUGACUGGCGGCUCUAGUCAACCUUUGUGAGCACUCAUCCUUGUUCGAGCAGGAGUUUCGUAGGAAAAGUUUUCGAUUUUAUUGAGUUUAUUACAAACGCACAUGUGAACAAUGGCAACAGUGAAAAUGGUCGUUGUCACUGUUGAUUAGGCAUUAGCUGCUGUAUGAAGAACUAGCCUACAGUCAGUCUAGGAGGGUCUUGUCAUGCUUACAACAUGGGAACGUCAAGUGUGAACGUUGUUGUCAUGUGUGUGGUAGCCAGCACACAUGCACAGGAGACAUGGAAUGGAAGACUACAAAAACAGAGUGCCAUGCGCAACCAUGCAUGUUGUGUUAUAUAUUGAAGGUUUUAAUUGUUAUGUGGAAUACAAGACUGAGCUUGUCUUUCAUGAUUAGAGUUAAACCAAUGGUAGUAUUAAACAACAUUUCCUUUUUGUUCUGCUAAUAUUUGCCUGUGUUAACAAAGGAAGACAUGAAGUUUCUGGGCAUGAUCUGUUUGUUUUUCUUGCAAGACAACACACCUCUCAGUAAUGAAAAGUACAAGCUAUUUUGAAUGAAGAUUGCAAGAGUGAGAUCUAAGGAUGGGUUGAAGAACGAUGCAAGACAAUGUUUUCUUUGUAUUUAUAUUUGGAUGAGGUAACACUUUCUUUGCAAUGGCACCUUGCAGGGAAGCAAUGAAAGAGUGUUCAUGGCUGGUUACAGAGACUGCCAUAAAUUACUGUAGUUUGAUACAGAUAGUGAACAUUUACGAUUGCCCUGUACGUUUCAAGUAAUGUGCAAGAAAGCACAUAGCAAGUGUUACCCAGAAAGUGUCAGCCACAUCAUCAUUUUCUCAGCUGUGAAUUGUAAUAUUGUAUCUAAGUAUAUGAGUUUAGAUCAUGUAUAUUCUUUGUAAAUUGAUAUGUAAAUUUGAUCAUAUUGUAUGUUGUUGUGUUGAUUCAAAAGUUAUGUACGUCGCAAAUUUAUGAGUUAAAUGUUUCUUUAUGAUAGUAGUGUAUUUAGUAGCAUUCAAGUUGUUGUUCAGUUGUAAACCAAAGUACUUCAUAUCGAUUCCCUCCCCCCAAAGGUAAACUACUGCUGUCAGGAAAGUGAAACUCCGAAAUGCGAGUCUUCCCUUUUUACGCUCUGAAGUCUACAGCAUUUUGCUGUGUACGGUUUGCAAAUGAAGAAGCCUAAAACCCACGUGUGACGGAAAACGUGAUAGGGUCAACUUGCAAGACUUCACACUUGGUAGCAAGGACUUUCAGAACACACUAGCCUGCAUAGACUGAUGUUGUCAACUGACAUUUUAGAAUAACUCAUGAUGUACUGUUAUAAACAUACCACAAUACAGUAGUGCGAGUUGAGGUUCCACAUCUGUGCAUGUUCAAAUGAAACCGGCUCUCUGAAAGACGCCUAUUCCCCUGCUGCGUCUAAAUGUUCUCGUCUGUUGUUGCAUGGUAUCCGUGCCGGGUUGGUUUUACAAAGUGGGGACAGUGAAAUGAAUCUGAGAAGAAGAAGUGUGCUUGCCGUCCUUUCGUAGCCAUGUUAGGGCAAGUACGUGCAAGUAAGGGGUGCUGUACAGGGUACAGGCUCGGUCGCCUCAACUGUUAUUUUUAACAAAACAUUUCUGAGAGAGGAAGUGGCAGAACUGUAAGUCGUAAUAAUGUACCGAGACAUUACGAGAGAGUGAGAAGUGACGUUCUUGACUGUAAAAAAUGCAGUUACUAUGAGGGUUAUAAAAUCUGCUGCAAGACGA